AUGACGGGCCCAGGGCGAUCACCAUCUUCGCCAUGGGGACAGGCGACACAAACACUUACCCUGGAGAACCCAAGCCCCCAACCUUUUCAUAACGCUCGACCCUCACCUACGAAUGGCAUGCACUCUGUCAGCAACGCCUCGGACAAGCCCAGCCCGAAUUACUUUGGUAUCGCGGUUGGGCAUUCGCAUAACUCACCCAACUCCAAUCCCGGAUUCCAUACACAGAAGAACUGGAGCUCGUUUCAACCUGCACAAUCAUUGCCCAGUCCCACCAAAUUACAACUCUAUUCACAAGAGUCGAUGUCAGAGGGUUUGGUCAAUUUGUUGAGAACAGAAUCGGACCUUGAUAAAGACCGACGAGAAUCGUUGGGUUAUUCAUCUAAUGGUAAUCAAUCUCCCGAGAAAUUAAACGUGGCGAGUUGGUCUCACGGCUUUUCUGGUCCAUUAAGUUCUCCAAAUAGGAAAAGUUCACUCGCCUCUGUACCGGAAGCCUCUCCACCUUCUCGGUGGAUCUCAGCUGAUCGUAGUGCUGAACUGCUUCGAUCUUCCCCACGUGGCAUUCUUCUAUUAGAUGUUCGACCUUUUGCUCAUUUCUCAAAAGGCAAUAUCAGUGGCUCGCUGAAUCUUUGUAUUCCAACCACUCUGCUGAAGCGCAGGUCGUUUGACACUCAGAAAUUGGAAAACACAUUCACCAGUGAUCAUGACAAGCGACAUUUUGCGCAGUGGAAAGAAUGCAAGGCCAUCAUCGUCUAUGAUUCUGCGACAACUGACCCGAAAGAUGCCGUUCCCCUCUCUAAUGUCAUCAACAAAUUUCAACUCGAAGGCUGGACGGGCGAGGGGAUGAUCUUGCAGGGUGGCUUCAAAGACUUCUCGAGUCACUUCCCAGACUUGCUUCACCGACCAAAGUUGCAGCCGGCCAAUGUACCUACUAAGAAAAGAUCCCCCAUGAGCAUCGAUCUCCCAUCAAUAGCCCCUGUCGUUGGAGGCUGUGCUCUGCCCGAGUCAUCAUCGGCAGUCAAUCCCUUUUUCAGCAACAUUCGACAAAACAUGGAUCUGUUGGGUGGAGUCGGUCAAAUUCCUUUGAGAUUACCACAGGGCCUCACAGAACGCAAGCGAAAGCGGCUUCCAUCUUGGAUUCAAAAUGCUUCUGAGACCAAAGAUCAAGGUCGCUUGGUUUCGGAGACGUUUCUCGAUUUGGAGAAGGAAGAGUUGCAGCGCAUGAAACAGGCGCUGUCGUACGAUGGACCUUCCGCGGAUACCGGGGGCGCGUCUAAGAAAUACAGAGUAGCGGGUAUUGAAAAGGGCACCAAAAACCGGUACAACGAUAUUUAUCCGUUUGAACAUUCCCGCGUUCGGCUCGAAGGCGUCCGCCUAGGCGAUUGUGACUAUGUCAACGCCAAUCAUGUCCGAGCUGAAUUUACCAACCGCCAAUAUAUUGCCACGCAAGCCCCGGUGCCUGAUACAUUUAAUGACUUCUGGCGAGUGGUUUGGGAACAAGACGUACGGGUCCUCGUUUCAUUGACUGCCGAGGUAGAACGAGGACAGGUGAAAAGUCAUCCAUACUGGAAGACUGGGAGUUAUGGACCAUUUCAAGUGAAAGCUUACUCCGAACAAUCUAUUCAUGUCGAAUCUCAGAGUGCAGCAGGCAAACCAAGUCAAUCUCCUGACGGAAAUAAUGAGAAUCCUGUCAUUACCGUGCGACAUUUCAGUCUUUACCACUCAGAAAUGCCGUUCCAACCCCUUCGGGAUAUCACACAGCUCCAUUAUCCUUACUGGCCCGAUUUCGGAACAACGUCACAGCCAGCGCAUCUACUCACUCUAAUUGAGCAAUGCAACAAAGCCGUUCGUGCUAGCAGCAACUCUGGAUUUAGUAGCCAAGACGCCGAACCCAAGGGUCAGCGACCAGUCUUGGUGCACUGCAGUGCAGGCUGUGGCCGUACCGGUACUUUUUGUACGGUUGAUAGCGUGCUGGACAUGCUCAAGCGGCAACAAAACUCGAAUGCACAUUCUUCAGAAUCACCCGAAUGGACGAAGGAUUACCAUCGCGACUUAAUUCGCAAGGCUGUCGAAGAUUUCCGGACUCAGCGACCAAGUAUGGUGCAGAAUCUGAGUCAAUAUGUGCUAUGCUACGAAAGCGUGCUCGAAUGGCUUGUUACUCGAAUGGAUAACGAGUCUUCUUGA